GUGCUUCUGAACUUACACUUCUCCUGCCCCCAAAUGAAAUAUAGGGUGGGUCUUCUAAGUCUUCUCAUCUGUGUCAAUGACAAGAAAAUUUAUAUUAUAAAAGUGUCUGGUCUAAUCUAGUAUGCAAGACUAACUCUAGUAUAGUUCAUUCAUUAUAAAACCUACUGUGCCCAGUCACCAUCCCCCUCUCACAAGCCUGCUUUAAAUCUGAAAGCCUGUCUCGCCUGUUUCGGCGUGGUGAGUGAAAUGGAGAAGGCUAAACUUUUUCUUCCCACAUGCUCACUUCCUCGCUUGUUCGCUAGCUGCUGCAUCUGGCCCCUCAAGGGUCAAGUCAAGGGGAAAAGGAGAUUGAGAGGAAGGGCAGUCUGUGAAUUGGGUGUCACCGUGUUUCCCAGGCUAAAGUUCAGUGUUGUGAUCUCAGUUCAUUGCAACUUCUGUCUUCUGAGCUCAAGCAAUCCUCUUGCCUCAGCCUCUCGAGUAGCUGGGACUGACUACAGGCAUGAACCACCACACCUGGCCAAUUUUUUUGUAUUUUUUUUGAAAAGAUGGUUUCGCCAUAUUGUACAGAGCAACUUCUCAAAUCACUAAUCACAUCCUGGUAGAAAUCAAGCAAUGAAGAUGGCACAGAAACACAUCCCAAAUACUAUGAUACCAUAAAGUAUACUGUAGCAAUGCAUCUGGCACACCCUCAUUUGAACGUCUGUCUCAGAAGAUUUUGACAGAAGAUAAAACUGUCUAGUUUUUAUUUCA